UUAUCAGCCAAACUGAAGUAAUCCACCAGCAGUGAGUGUGUGUGUAUGUGUGUGUGUGUUUGUGUACGCCAAAGGCUCAAGAUCAAACAUUACCUACCUGAAAAUCACGCCUUAUUUCAAGUGAAGAUGCAUCCGGUGCGAGUGUGGAUCCCAUCAUUUCGGUUCGAAAACAGCUCGAUGGAGAGAGGAUACACGGUCUUCAAAAUUGAUGUGCUGAUGAACGGCAGACAGCAUACUGUUGAGAAACGCUACAGUGAAUUCCACGCUUUGCAUAAAAUGCUAAAGAAGACCAUAAAGCCACCUGAGAUCCCUUCAAAGCAUGUUAGAAACUGGGUUCCCAAAGUCCUGGAGCAGAGGAGACAAGGCCUGGAGCUCUACCUGCAGACUAUAAUUAUGGAAAAUGAAGUUCUUCCAAAGAUAUUCCUGGAUUUCCUGAACAUCCGCCAUUUUCCUUCAGUGCCAAAAACAGAAAGCUGCGGGUCAUUUGAUACAGAAUCACUGGAAUCAAGUAAACUUUCACAUCAGCCAGUCAUGCUGUUUCUGAGAGACCCCUACCUGCUGCCGGCUGCACACGAUACAUUUUCUAACGUUGUGAUCGAAGGUGUGGUACACGGAGUUUACUACCCAGAUCUCCAGCCGAGGUAGAGCCGCGGCGCCGAAUUGGAGGGAUCAUCACUACACAUGGAUCCUUUUUUGCCCGCACCAUUUUAGGUGUGCUUCAUGAGCAACAUAACAUGACAGGAAACACUGAACCUCAUUCACAGCAUAUAACAAUAAUCCAUUCUUUUGUUUUUGUGAGAAAGGACGCCUGGACUCUAAAAGAAUCAGCACAUUUUAAAGCGUAAACACUAUAUUAUCCCUUGACCUUUGUCCACUAAGAAACUUUCUGCUGUAAAAUUAUGUGAAACAGUUUGGAUAUGUUGAGGCAUAGAGGAAUAUUUUCAGAAAUGACAGAGCUUGAUACCUUGUGCUUACCUUGUAUUUUCUUUUUUAAAGAAGCAAUCAGUUAAAUUAACAUGCAGGAUGAACUGGAAUUAGAAAUAAGCAGGUCAUCAUUCUUUUUGUUUGUUUUAGUGAAUAUACAAUAUAUUCUGAAUGACUCUUGCACUCUGAUGAACUGAAACUUGACUAAGGGUUAGUGUGCCAGAUGCAGGGGAGCAUUUCUGGCUCGUAAAGCACAGGGUUGAACUGUGCAGAUUGAUGGAUCAUGGCCUGCGAACAGGGAGGUGCCCUUCUCGUUUUUAUCUCCAGUGAUGUGGUGUUUCUUCUGUUUAUUUUGAGCUGCCAAGAGGAGCUUGCUGUGGGUGAUUUUUUUUUUUUUUUUUUUUUUUUUUGGAGGGACUGAAGAGGGUGUUUGUGCAUUCUGGUGGAGCCCACAGUGAGACGUUAGGGUGGGAAUAAUUUGAGACUUACAAACAGACUCUGGCUGUGAUGUGGACAUCUUUCAUGAAGCCUGAGACGUCUGUGAGAAGUACUGUAGUGUUGACAUUGGUGCUAGUGAGCUCUGCUGGAGGAGCAGCUCAGUACUGUGAGGUGACAAAGAUAGAAAUUUGCACCACGACAGACUAUUAGUUGCAGAGUUUAACAGUGCAAUUAAGGUGCUUAGUUUUAUGCUACCUUAACUUGCAUUUUCUCGUCCCUCAACAGAUCCUCCCACAUUAAAAAAAAAGGGGGGGAAUCUCAGCUUUUUGAAAUUAAGGGUUUGAUUUGUCAUCAUCUCAAACACACGACCGACUUAGAUGACAACAGAGAAAUCUAAGCUGAAUCUAAUUCUCUACCCAAAGGGGGGAAAAAAAAACCCCACAAAAGUCUUGAGCUGACACAAGCUGUAUGUGCAAGUAGAUUCCCACACAUGGUUUUUGCGUGACCUUGAAGAUCAUAUUCAUUUGUGUUGUGUAAACACUGUCUCUAACACUAACGCUGUCACAGUACAUGUAAUGUUUAAAUCACAAAUAUAAUCGAGGGCCAGUUAAGUUGUGGUGACUGGAAGCGUAGCCACCAUCAUGUAAAGGGAUGCAAAGUGUCUUUCACUUUACAGUCAAGUAGUGAUUUAACAGACGUAGAGCUACAAAACUAACUGUGCAAUAUGACAUGAAACACAAAAUUUUGUCUUUGUCUUUCCUGGAAAUUAUUUUUAUGUAAAACUUCAAAAUCUAACACGCUUCAGUGACUUGUAGCUUUUGUGAAACGUUGUGUUGUUGGACACUCUUUGGAUAAUAAUGACCCAGUUGUUGGUGUCUUUUUUUUCUUUUUACAUGUGACUGGACCUCCACUACACAUUUAUAGUCAAAUGACUCCUGAAUAAUGAAAUCAUGAUUGUAUGUCUUAAAUAAUUUCCUGGAAAUCCAUGUGGUAGAUUUAUAUGUAUUUAUCUUGUGUGCGGAGUGUGAAAAAUGUCAUUUCUGUGCCAUAAUGCCAACCUACAGUGAACACUGGACGUCUACUGUAGCACUUUAAGAUGGGUAAUGUGUACAAUACUAACACCAAUAAAAAAAAGUCCCUAU